AAGCAGACCUGGCAACCCUGAUUCAGAGUGCAAGAUAAGGACAAUCAUGGCGGCGCAAAUCCGGACGCUUGUUUCAGCCAAAUGGCUUGCAGAUGCGAUAAAAAGCAACCUUAUUGGACCGAAUCUUCGAAUUCUGGAUACGUCCUGGUAUCUAGCGAAAUUAAAACGCGAUGCAAAUUCGGAAUUUAACCAACAGCACAUACCUGGAACUUCGUUCUUUGAUAUUGACAAAUGCUCCGACAAAACUUCCUCAAUGGAUCAUAUGCUCCCAACUGCAAGCUACUUUGCAGAGUAUGUGGGGGGUUUAGGUAUAGGGAACGAUACACAUGUAGUAGUGUACGAUACCAGCGAUUUUGGGUCAUACAGCGCACCCCGGGUGUGGUGGAUGUUCCGAUUAUUUGGGCACAAUUCUGUAUCGGUACUGGACGGGGGUAUGAAGAAUUGGCUGGCCGAGGGGCAUCCGGUCACUGCAGAAUACACCAAGCCAGGACGUGCGGAUUUCAAGGCGACCGCCAAUCAUUCUUGGGUCAAGUCGUAUGAAGAUGUGCUGAAAAACAUCGAGACCAAACAGGUGCAAGUGAUUGACGCAAGAUCCCCCGGCAGGUUCCGGGGAACCGAACCAGAACCAAGAGAUGACAUUGAGCCUGGCCACAUUCCUGGUACUAUCAACAUGCCUUUUGCCAAGUUCAUGGAUGCCUCAGGCAAGGAGUUGGAGCUUGAAGUGCUGGCAAAAAUGUUCAGAGAGGCAGGGGUGGACUUGGAGAAACCUUUCUGGGUAACCUGUGGGUCAGGGGUCACUGCAUGCCACGUGGUUCUGGCUGCUCACCUGCUGGGACAUUCAGGGUCAGUGUCUGUGUAUGACGGGUCAUGGUCUGAAUGGUUCAAAAGAGCUGCCCCGGAGCAUGUCAUCUCUGAGGGCAAGGGGAAGCAAGUGUGAUGUGGAGAGACGGGUAGAGAUGAGCACUAAGGGAAAUACUGUUGAAUGAGUUGCUGAUCAAUAGCAGGGAGGGGACACUAUGAAUCACAAAGGAAGCUACAGAUUGCAAAAAAUAUGGAGGGUUUUACUGAUUUUGACUGAAGAUUUUUGCAGAGUUGGAUUAAUGUGUCAUUGUGAAAGAGGUCACCGUUCAAGAGUCCCAUGAAUACAGUAUGCCUAUGUUUAUAUUCAAGAUGUCCAAUAAAGGUGUUACAAACUAUGCUAUAUUAAUCUAUUAAAAAGAUUAGAAGGAUAGAAUGUUUGAGGUAUUCGGGUUAGAAUUGGAUUAUGGUUGAGUUGUAUGCUCCUACUUAGGGGAUUGCAGCCUGGCAACAUUGUCUUGUAGAUGUUGCCACUGCCAGACAUUUUCUAAGGGACUUUUAAAACAAUGAAACUUGCUCUUAAUGCACCAUGAAAAUGUAAGGAAAAUGUCAUUUUCAUGUAGUUGUAGUUGCCUUGGUGUGACGUUGUUAUGAGAUGUAGGCCCACGAAAUGUCAAGGGGUUUUUCUAAGUGCAGUUCGGUUUUAGUGUUAACAGAAGUUUCUGUCAGUUCGAUUGCAGGAUGUCACUUUGUUUAAUUUUUACAAUAAAAAUAUGGCAUCUACUGUA